UACAAGAUGGCGGUCCGCGUUGGAAAUUAGCAAAGAGGCCGUCGCACGUCGUUGUGAUGUCUAGAUUUUACCGAUAGAUAUCAGGCCUGCUGUGGAAUUGUUAAUACUUCCUGAGCCUGUUGUGUUUAUGAAUUAGCUCUUUCAGUUCGCUUAGUACUUGUAUCAACUACAUUCAGGCGUGUGUGUGGAACAUGCGGGCUGACACAAAGUUAAUAGCUCGGGGAUAGGGGAACACCAGACGGGGUGAAGGGAUAGCUUUUUAGCAGCUAGCUAGCCUGCUAGCUCCGACUCGGUUAACUAUGUCGGACACUCGGCGGCGAGUGAAAGUGUACACGCUGAAUGAAGACCGGCAGUGGGACGACCGAGGCACAGGGCAUGUCUCCUCUACUUUUGUCGAACGCCUGAAGGGGAUAUCGUUGUUAGUCCGGGCUGAGUCGGACGGCUCACUGCUUUUGGAGUCGAAGAUCAGUCCAAAUACAGCAUAUCAGAAACAACAAGACACACUGAUUGUCUGGUCAGAAGCAGAGAAUUAUGAUUUGGCUCUGAGUUUCCAGGAAAAAGCUGGCUGUGAUGAGAUCUGGGAGAAGAUAUGCCAGGUUCAGGGAAAGGACCCCGCACUGGAGAUCACCCAGGACCCCAUCGAUGAGUCAGAGGAGGAGCGCUAUGAAGAGAUCCCUGAGACUAGCCACUUAGUGGAACUUCCACCCUGUGAGUUGAGCCGGCUUGAGGAGAUCGCCGAUCUGGUCACUUCUGUUCUCUCUUCACCAAUCCGCAGGGAAAAACUGGCACUGGCUCUGAUGAGUGAAGGCUACAUUAAGAAGCUCUUGGGGCUCUUCCAGGUCUGUGAAGACCUAGACAACAGGGAAGGCCUACACCACCUGUAUGAGAUCGUCCGGGGUGUCCUGUUCCUCAACAAAGCGGCCUUGUUUGAGGUGAUGUUCUCUGAUGACUGCAUCAUGGACGUGGUGGGUUGCCUUGAAUAUGACCCGGCACUGGUACAACCCAAACGGCACCGGGAGUUCCUCACCAAGACAGCCAAGUUUAAAGAGGUAAUCCCCAUAACGGACUCUGAGCUACGGCAGAAGAUCCACCAGACGUAUAGGGUGCAGUACAUCCAGGACAUCAUCCUGCCCACACCGUCCGUCUUCGAGGAGAACUUCCUCUCCACGCUCACCUCUUUCAUCUUCUUCAACAAGGUUGAAAUUGUCAGUAUGCUGCAGGAGGAUGAGAAGUUCCUAACAGAGGUCUUUGCACAGCUCACAGAUGAAGCUACAGAGGACAGUAAAAGGAGAGAACUUGUGAACUUUUUCAAGGAAUUUUGUGCUUUUUCACAAACAUUGCAACCACAAAACCGAGACGCUUUCUUCAAAACUCUAGCAAAUCUCGGCAUUCUACCUGCUCUUGAAAUAGUCAUGGGAAUGGAUGAUCUUCAGGUGAGGGCAGCAGCCACAGACAUUUUCUCCUAUCUGGUGGAGUUCAGCCCCUCCAUGGUUCGGGAGUUUGUUAUGCAAGAGCCACAGCAGACAGAUGAUGAUGUUCUGUUGAUAAAUGUGGUGAUCAAGCAGAUGAUUUGUGACUCAGACCCAGAGCUAGGAGGAGCUGUCCAGCUGAUGGGCCUGCUAAGGACACUCAUUGACCCUGAGAACAUGCUAGCUCCCAUCAAUAAAACUGAGAAGACAGAGUUUCUGAGUUUCUUCUACAAGUACUGCAUGCAUGUGCUGACUGCCCCACUGCUGGCCAACACAGCCCAUGACAAGAACUCUAAAGAUCUACAGGAGGGCUCAACUAAGAUAAAUCCAGUGUGUCCAGACAACUUCCAGACGGCUCAGUUGUUGGCAUUGAUCCUGGAGCUGCUGACCUUCUGCGUGGAGCACCACACCUACCACAUUAAGACCUACAUCAUGAAUAAAGACCUGCUAAGGAGAGUGUUGGUGCUCAUGAACUCCAAACACACUUUCCUUGCUCUCUGUGCCCUGCGUUUUAUGCGCAGGAUCAUAGGUCUCAAGGAUGAGUACUACAAUCGCUACAUCAUCAAAGGGAACCUGUUUGAGCCUGUUAUUAAUGCCCUGCUGGACAACGGCACCCGGUACAAUCUUCUCAAUUCAGCCAUUAUAGAGCUCUUUGAGUUCAUUAAAGUGGAGGACAUUAAGUCCCUCAUAGCUCACAUUGUGGACAAUUUCUACAAAGCACUUGAAUCCAUCGAGUACGUCCAGACCUUCAAAGGCCUGAAGGGCCGGUACGAGCAGGAGAAGGACAGGCAGAAUCAGAGACUCAACAGAUAUCGUCGGGAUGCUAGGUCAUUGGAUGAGGAUGAAGAGAUGUGGUUUAACGAUGAUGAAGAUGAUGAUGAUGGGGAGGCUGUAGAGAAGAGCCGGACAGAGGAUGACUUUUCUGACAGCUACGGCAAGUACAUGGAGGCCAAAAAAGGAGCUGCCAAUGGAGCCAACGGUGCCAACAACAAUGGGAAAUCUGCUGCAAUCCCACCCACCUCUCCACCCACCCCUCCAAACAACAACAACAGUACAACUUCCUCAGUCAAGACAGCUACACUGCCUGCCACACCAGUAGUAAAGACUGGUCUGGUGGGUCUGGUAGAUUACCCUGAUGAUGAAGAUGAGGAAGAAGAUGAUGAGGAGGAAGAACAGUCUCCAAGGAAACGGCCCCGCCUCGGCUCUUAAGGCUUCCUCUCUUUGUUGUGGGCAGACGUGGAGUCUCCUUCCUCCCUCCUCUGGUCGUCUCAUUGGUCCUUGGCCUGCUUGUGCCGCCUGUCAGUAACUGUCCUUAUCCCACUGAGGAGACAGACAGAGCCCAGCUCCCACACCAACCCUUCGUCUUGCUCUCUGCUUCUCUUUCCUUCCCCCAGUGGAAAGACAUGGAGACUUCCUUUUACCUACUGUUGGAAAGAAAGAUGGAUCUUUCUGCUCCUUCAACCCAUCGACCGAACCUCCUCCUUCCACCACUGAGCUCAAAGCCUUGUCCGAGAAACCCCGAGAGCUCUUGUUAUCAUCCUCUCCCUCCCACAAGAGACUUGCAUAACAAUUGCUAACUAACAUCUCCCUUUUCCUCAUAACGCCUCCCCGUUCUCAACUCCUUUACAAACGACCUUCUGCCCUUCUCAACCACCUAACUACAAGUGGACCAGACGUAGGUUGAAACAGUAACAACACAACGCCAUGGUGGCUCCCUUCUCAGCUUUUUGCCAUAGUAAUGAGAAUGUGGAAGCUGUUGUACUCUUGACACCCCACACCUCAACUGUCCUCUUUUUGUGAACCCUCCCUUCCAUCCUCCUCAAAUGUCAACCAAUGAGCUCCACAGACAGAGGAGGAAGUCGGACCCGAGCCAGCCAGUUCAUGAACUAUCCAGCAAGCCAGUCAGGCUAGCAGGACUAGCCAUCAUAAUUUUUAGGAAGCUUGACUAGCUGAACCAGUGUCGUUCCCACCACAGAACUAAUGCUCGUUUUGGUCAGGGAAAGGAUGACCUUGUUAGCAUAGGUGAAUAAAGGAGAAAGUGAGAGUUUCAAGAGAAGUAACAGAAUGACAGAGUACCACGGAGAAGACAGAGCAGUUAACAUGAGGCUCAGUUUCAGAGGAGCAGGACUCAAUCAAAUUAUGAGCCAGGGCAGCAGUUCGGCUGAGGCGCACACAGGACAUAAUACAUAUUCUCUCACACAGGACUGCAUUAGCCAGGAAUUCUGUAUUUCAUUACUUUGUUAAAGUACUGUACAGAUGUUUUUUUUUGUUUUUUUGUUUUUUUUUUAAAUCAUUUGCCCCGAUCUGAUUUUAAAGUGGGAGCGAUGUACCAGCCUGUGUAAUUUUUUGUUGUUGUCAUUGCACAAAAAGGUGGGGUCACUGUUCUCCCUUUUAUUCCAAUUGAUUUGAUUCAUUGUAAAAAUGCAAAACAAGUUGCAAAUGCUGGUUUUGAAAAUAACAUGUAUUAAAACUGCAGUAAAAUCGGUUUUGCAGUCGACCUUUUGAGGGCGUCUGGAGUUUUGUGUGUAUUUCAAUCUUUAAAAAAAAGUUAUCUUUUAACACAGUAACCCACCUGAGACGUCAGUAUGCCCAGAGCUCUUUUUAGUGCAUAUACUACUCAGGUCUCAAGUCAAGCCUUUAAACCUUUUCUCCAACAGUUUUCCAAAUUGAGGUUUAUUUUGUGUUGGAAAUGUGGAAGCCUUGUUAGCCAGGUUUUUCUCCACAAGCAUGCUUGUAACUCUGCUGGCGAUAGAGUACAAACAUUUCAUUUAGAUACAACUGUGAAUGGGGUAGGUUCUUGUCAUUGGUGCCCAGUACAACUUUCCUGAAAAAAAUGUUUCUUGACAAUUUCUACUUUGGGCCCAGAUCAGCACCAUCUAGAUGUAAUCAACCCUUGCUUUUCAGUUUUUGUUGGUCCUCUUUGAGGUCAGGAUGGUGUUAAAACGUAGAAGUGGGGUUUUAGCAUUGUCAUUCACGCGAUAAAUUACUUUUUUCUCUUGUUUGGCUGUUUUUGGGGGUUUUUUUGGGGGGGGGUUUAAGCCCUGGUGUUUAAAUAAAAACUGCAGUUUGUCAAACAUUCCAACUAAAAGAGCAGAGGUUUGACAAUGUCAGGAAGAAAAGAGCAGUUGUAGUGAUGGGUUAAAACUAAGUUUUUCUUUUUUGUUUUUACUAAUUUUUGUAUCUUCUCGUGGUCUCGUCACAAGAACGCAUUGAAAUGGUCAGAUGAAGGGAAUUGUAACUUUUAAGCUGAUUGCUCAGUUAUGCAGCAACCUCUCACUUGCCAGAGUCAACUUUAAAGGCUUGGAAAAGGGCACAAGUAACACUGCCAUCAUUGCCAAUGUGCGUGUUGAGAGUCUAGAGGGGAGAAAAUGUGUUUAGCAGUUCUCCGCCACAGCUGCCAUCUCAGUGCCACCCCAUGUUGACACUGUUGGAGAUCGUAGCAGUUUUUUUUUCCUCUUUUUCCCCAUGUUGAAUUUGUACCAAGCGGAUUGACUACCACUAUCUUCCAAUCGUAAUAUUUGUAUGCAUUUGUUAUUUGAUAAGUUUUCAGAUUAAAUGUGACC